AUGACUGAUAUCAUUGAAUACAAGGAAUCAGAGACCGAGGUUACUGAGGACAAGAAACAAGAGGUCAAGGACACAGACAUCACUGAAGACAAGAACCAAGAGACCGUGGUUAAUGAAGACAAGCAACAAGAGGCCGAUUUUACUAAGGUCACUGAGGACAAGGAACAAGAGGCCAUGGUCACUCAGAUCAAUGAAGACAGACCACAAGAGGCCGAGGCUAGUGAAGAUAAGGAACCAGAGGCCGAGGUAACUGAGAUCACCGAGGACAAGGAAGAAGAGGCCAACCUUUCGGAGAUCAAUGAAGAUAAAGAAUCAGAGGCCGGGGUGACUGAGACUACUGAGGACACACAACAAGAGGCCGACACCGCUGACGAAAAAGAACCAGAGGCCGAGGUUACUGAGAUCACUGACUACAAUAAACAAGAGGCCAAUAUCUCUAAGAUCAAUGAAGAUAAGGAAUCAGAGGUCGUGGUGACUGAGAUAACUGAAAACAUGGAAGCCAAAGUCAGUGAGAUCACGGAAGACCAAUAUCAAGAGGGCGAACUGACUCAAAUUCAUGAAGACAAAGGACACGAGAGGAAGGUGACUGACAUCACUGAAUACAAGGAAUCAGACCCCGAGGUUACUGAGGACAAAGAACAUGAAGCCGAGGUCACUGACAUCACUGAACACAAGGAACCAGAGGCCGAAGUUACUGAAGACAAGGAACCAGAAGCCGAGUUGACUAAAAUCACUGAGGACAAGGAACAAGAGACCAAGGUCACUGAUAGCACUCAAGAAAAGGAAUUAGAAGCCGAGGUGACUGAUAUAACUGAAGAUAUAAAAGCAGAGGCCAAAGUCACCGAUAUCACAGAAGGCAAGGAACCAGAACACGAGGUCAUUGAGAUAACUGAGGAAAAGGAACAAGAGGCAAAUGACAUCGAUAUUACUGAUAAUAAGAAAUUAGAAGAAGAGGUCAUUGAAGAGAAGGAAUCAGAGGCCAUUGAGGACAAGGAACAAGAGGCCAAGGUCACUGAAAUCAAUAAACGCAUACAACAAGAGGCCGAGGCUUAUAAAGACAAGGAACCUGAGACCGAGGUAACUGAAAUCCCUGAUGACAAGAAACAUGAGGUCAAGGUCACUGAGAUCUCUGAAGACCAAGAUCAAGAGACCAAACUGACUGAAAUUCCCGAAGAAAAUGAUCACGAGGCGAGGCUGACUGAGAUCAGUGAAGACACACAGCAAGAGGCCGAGACUAAUGAAGACAAGAAAUUAGAGUCCGAGGUGACUGAGAUCAAUGAGGACAAGGAACAAGGGGCCAAGGUCACAGAAAUCAGUGAAGGCACACACCAAGAGGCCUGCGCUAAUGAAGACAAGAAACAAGAUGCCGAGGUUACUGAAAUUCCUGAUAACAAGCAACAAGAGGUCAAGGUCACUGAGGUCACUGAAAACCAAGAUCAAGAGACCGAACUGACUGAAAUUCCCCCAGAAAAAGAACACGAGGCGAAGGUGCCUGAUAUCAUUGAAUACAAGGAAUCAGAGACCGAGGUUACUGAGGACAAGAAACAAGAGGUCAAGGACACCGACAUCACUGAAGACAAGAACCAAGAGGCCGUGGUUAAUGAAGACAAACAACCAGAGGCCGAGUUGUCUAAGAUCACUGAGGACAAGGAACAAGAGGCCAUGGUCACUGAGAUCAGUGAAGACAGACCACAAGAGGCCGGGGCUAGUGAAGAUAAGGAACCAGAGGCCGAGGUAACUGAGAUCACCGAGGACAAGGAAGAAGAGGCCAACCUUUCGGAGAUCAAUGAAGAUAAGGAAUCAGAGGCCGGGGUGACUGAGACUACUGAGGACACACAACAAGAGGCCGACACCGCUGUCGAAAAAGAACCAGAGGCCGAGGUUACUGAGAUCACUGACUACAAUAAACAAGAGGCCAAUAUCUCUGAGAUUAUUAAUGACAAGGAAUCAGAGGUCAGGGUGACUGAGAUAACUAAAAACAUGGAAGCCAAAGUCAGUGAGAUCACGGAAGACCAAUAUCAAGAGGGCGAACUGACUCAAAUUCAUGAAGACAAAGGACACGAGGGGGAGGUAACUGAUAUCACUGAAUACAAGGAAUCAGAGCCCGAGGUUACUGAGGACAAAGAACAUGAAGCCGAGGUCACUGACAUAACUGAACACAAGGAACCAGAGGCCAAGGUUACUGAAGACAAGGAACCAGAAGCCGAGUUGACUAAAAUCACUGAGGACAAGGAACAAGAGACCAAGGUCACUGAUAGCACUCAAGAAAAGGAAUUAGAAGCCGAGGUCACUGACAUCACUGAACACAAGGAACCAGAGGCCGAGGUUACUGAAGACAAGGAACCAGAAGCCGAGUUGACUAAAAUCACUGAGGACAAGGAACAAGAGAGCAAGGUCACUGAUAACAUUCAAGAAAAGGAACUAGAAGCCGAGGUGACUGAUAUAACUGAAGAUAUAAAAGCAGAGGCCAAAGUCACCGAGAUCACAGAAGGCAAGGAACCAGAACACGAGGUCAUUAAGAUCACUGAGGAAAAGGAACAAGAGGCAAAUGACAUCGAUAUUACCGAUAAUAAGAAAUUAGAAGAAGAGGUCAUUGAAGAGAAGGAAUCAGAGGCCACUGAGGACAAGGAACAAGAGGCCAAGGUCACUGAAAUCAAUGAAGGCAUACAACAAGAGGCCGAGGCUUAUAAAGACAAGGAACCUGAGGCCGAGGUAACUGAAAUCCCUGAUGACAAGAAACAUGAGGUCAAGGUCACUGAGAUCUCUGAAGACCAAGAUCAAGAGGGCAAACUGACUGAAAUUCCCGAAGAAAAUGAACACGAGGCGAGGGUGACUGAUAUCAGUGAAGACACACAGCAAGAGGCCGAGACUAAUGAAGACAAGAAAUUAGAGUCCGAAGUGACUGAGAUCACUGAGGACAAGGAACAAGGGGCCAAGGUCACAGAAAUCAGUGAAGGCACACACCAAGAGGCCUGCGCUAAUGAAGACAAGAAACAAGAUGCCGAGGUUACUGAAAUUCCUGAUAACAAGCAACAAGAGGUCAAGGUCACUGAGGUCACUGAAAACAAAGAUCAAGAGACCGAACUGACUGAAAUUCCCCCAGAAAAAGAACACGAGGCGAAGAUGACUGAUAUCAUUGAAUACAAGGAAUCAGAGACCGAGGUUACUGAGGACAAGAAACAAGAGGUCAAGGACACCGACAUCACUGAAGACAAGAACCAAGAGACCGUGGUUAAUGAAGACAAGCAACCAGAGGCCGAGUUGUCUAAGAUCACUGAGGACAAGGAACAAGAGGCCAUGGUCACUGAGAUCAGUGAAGACAGACCACAAGAGGCCGAGGAUAAUGAAGAUAAGGAACCAGAGGCCGAGGUAAGUGAGGUCACCGAGGACAAUGAAGAAGAUGCCAACCUUUCGGAGAUCAAUGAAGAUAAGGAAUCAGAGGCUGGGGUGCCUGAGACUACUGAGGACACACAACAAGAGGCCGACACCGCUGACGAAAAAGAACCAGAGGCCGAGGUUACUGAGAUCUCUGACUACAAUAAACAAGAGGCCAAUAUCUCUGAGAUCAAUAAAGACAAGGAAUCAGAGGUCGUGGUGACUGAGAUAACUGAAAACAUGGAAGCCAAAGUCAGUGAGAUCACGGAAGACCAAUAUCAAGAGGGCGAACUGACUCAAAUUCAUGAAGACAAAGGACACGAGGGGAAGGUAACUGAUAUCACUGAAUACAAGGAAUCAGAACCCGAGGUUACUGAGGACAAAGAAAAUGAAGCCGAGAUGACUGACAUCACUGAACACAAGGAACCAGAGGCCGAAGUUACUGAAGACAAGGAACCAGAAGCCGAGUUGACUAAAAUCACUGAUGACAAGGAACAAGAGACCAAGGUCACUGAUAGCACUCAAGAAAAGGAAUUAGAAGCCGAGGUGACUGAUAUAACUGAAGAUGUAAAAGCAGAGGCCAAAGUCACCGAGAUCACAGAAGGCAAGGAACCAGAACAAGAGGGCAUUGAGAUAACUGAGGAAAAGGAACAAGAGGCAAAUGACAUCAAUAUCACUGAUGAUAAGACAUUAGAAAAAGAGGGCAUUGAAGAGAAGGAAUCAGAGGCCAUUAAGGACAAGGAACAAGAGGCCAAGGUCACUGAAAUCAAUGAAGGUAUACAACAAGAGGCCGAGGCCGAGGUAACUGAAAUCCCUGAUGACAAGGAACAUGAGGUCAAGGUCACUGAGAUCUCUGAAGACCAAGUUCAAGAGGGCAAAAUGACUGAAAUUCCCGAAGAAAAUGAACACGAGGCGAGGGUGACUGAGAUCAGUGAAGACACACAGCAAGAGGCCGAGACUAAUGAAGACAAGAAAUUAGAGUCCGAGAUGACUGAGAUCACUGAGGACAAGGAACAAGAGGCCAUGGUCACAGAAAUCAGUGAAUGCACACACCAAGAGGCCGAGGCUAAUGAAGACAAGGAACACUAUGCCGAGGUCACUGAAAUUCCUGAUAACAAGCAACAAGAGGUCAAGGUCACUGAAAACCAAGAUCAAGAGACCGAACUGACUGAAAUUCCCCCAGAAAAAGAACACGAGGCGAAGGUGACUGAUAUCAUUGAAUACAAGGAAUCAGAGACCGAGGUUACUGAGGACAAGAAACAAGAGGUCAAGGACACAUACAUCACUGAAGACAAGAACCAAGAGGCCGUGGUUAAUGAAGACAAGGAACCAGAGGCCGAGUUGUCUAAGAUCACUGAGGACAAGGAACAAGAGGCCAUGGUCACUGAGAUCAGUGAAGACAGACCACAAGAGGCCGAGGCUAGUGAAGAUAAGGAACCAGAGGCCGAGGUAAAUGAGAUCACCGAGAACAAGGAAGAAGAGGCCAACCUUUCGGAGAUCAAUGAAGAUAAGGAAUCAGAGGCCGGGGUGACUGAGACUACUGAGGACACACAACAAGUGGCCGACACCGCUGACGAAAACGAACCAGAGGCCGAGGUUACUGAGAUCACUGACUACAAUAAACAAGAGGCCAAUAUCUCUGAGAUCAAUGAAGACAAGGAAUCAGAGGUCAGGGUGACUGAGAUAACUGAAAACAUGGAAGCCAAAGUCAGUGAGAUCACGGAAGACCAAUAUCAAGAGGGCGAACUGACUCAAAUUCAUGAAGACAAAGGACACGAGGGGGAGGUAACUGACAUCACUGAAUACAAGGAAUCAGAGCCCGAGGUUACUGAGGACAAUAAACAUGAAGCCGAGGUCAAUGACAUCACUGAACACAGUGAACCAGAGGCCGAGGUUACUCAAGACAAGGAACCAGAAGCCGAGUUGACUAAAAUCACUGAGGACAAGGAACAAGAGACCAAGGUUACUGAUAGCACUCAAGAAAAGGAAUUAGAAGCCGAGGUGACUGAUAUAACUGAAGAUAUAAAAACAGAGGCCAAAGUCACUGAGAUCACAGAAGGCAAGGAACCAGAACACGAGGUCAUUGAAAUCACUGAGGAAAAGAAACAAGAGGCAAAUGACAUCGAUAUCACUGAUGAUAAAAAAAUAGAAGAAGAGGUCAUUGAAGAGAAGGAAUCAGAGGCCACUGAGGACAAGGAACAAGAGGCCAAGGUCACUGAAAUCAAUGAAGGCAUUCAACAAGAGGCCGAGGCUAAUAAAGACAAGGAACAUGAGGCCGAUGUAACUGAAAUCCCUGAUGAUAAGGAACAUGAGGUCAAGGUCACUGAGAUCUCUGAAGACCAAGUUCAAGAGGGCAAACUGACUGAAAUUCCCGAAGAAAAUGAACACGUGGCGAGGGUGACUGAGAUCAGUGAAGACACACAGCAAGAGGCCGAGACUAAUGAAGACAAGAAAUUAGGGUCCGAGAUGACUGAGAUCACUGAGGACAAGGAACAAGAGGCCAAGGUCACAGAAAUCAGUGAAGGCACACACCAAGAGGCCGGCACUAAUGAAGACAAGGAACAAGAGGCUGAGGUUAAUGAAAUUCCUGAUAACAAGCAACAAGAGGUCAAGGUCACUGAUGUCACUGAAAACCAAGAUCAAGAGACCGAACUGACUGUAAUUCACCCAGAAACAGAACACGAGGCGAAGGUGACUGAUAUCAUUGAAUACAAGGAAUCAGAGACCGAGGUUAUUGAGGACAAGAAACAAGAGGUCAAGGACACAGACAUCACUGAAGACAAGAACCAAGAGGCCGUGGUUAAUGAAGACAAGCAACCAGAGGCCGAGUUGUCUAAGAUCACUGAGGACAAGGAACAAGAGGCCAUGGUCACUGAGAUCAGUGAAGACAGACCACAAGAGGCCGGGGCUAGUGAAGAUAAGGAACCAGAGGCCGAGGUAACUGAGAUCACCGAGGACAAGGAAGAAGAGGCCAACCUUUCGGAGAUCAAUGAAGAUAAGGAAUCAGAGGCCGGGGUGACUGAGACUACUGAGGACACACAACAAAUGGCCGACACCGCUGUCGAAAAAGAACCAGAGGCCGAGGUUACUGAGAUCACUGACUACAAUAAACAAGAGGCCAAUAUCUCUGAGAUUAUUAAUGACAAGGAAUCAGAGGUCAGGGUGACUGAGAUAACUAAAAACAUGGAAGCCAAAGUCAGUGAGAUCACGGAAGACCAAUAUCAAGAGGGCGAACUGACUCAAAUUCAUGAAGACAAAGGACACGAGGGGGAGGUAACUGAUAUCACUGAAUACAAGGAAUCAGAGCCCGAGGUUACUGAGGACAAAGAACAUGAAGCCGAGGUCACUGACAUAACUGAACACAAGGAACCAGAGGCCAAGGUUACUGAAGACAAGGAACCAGAAGCCGAGUUGACUAAAAUCACUGAGGACAAGGAACAAGAGACCAAGGUCACUGAUAGCACUCAAGAAAAGGAAUUAGAAGCCGAGGUCACUGACAUCACUGAACACAAGGAACCAGAGGCCGAGGUUACUGAAGACAAGGAACCAGAAGCCGAGUUGACUAAAAUCACUGAGGACAAGGAACAAGAGACCAAGGUCACUGAUAACAUUCAAGAAAAGGAACUAGAAGCCGAGGUGACUGAUAUAACUGAAGAUAUAAAAGCAGAGGCCAAAGUCACCGAGAUCACAGAAGGCAAGGAACCAGAACACGAGGUCAUUGAGAUCACUGAGGAAAAGGAACAAGAGGCAAAUGACAUCGAUAUUACCGAUAAUAAGAAAUUAGAAGAAGAGGUCAUUGAAGAGAAGGAAUCAGAGGCCACUGAGGACAAGGAACAAGAGGCCAAGGUCACUGAAAUCAAUGAAGGCAUACAACAAGAGGCCGAGGCUUAUAAAGACAAGGAACCUGAGGCCGAGGUAACUGAAAUCCCUGAUGACAAGAAACAUGAGGUCAAAGUCACUGAGAUCUCUGAAGACCAAGAUCAAGAGGGCAAACUGACUGAAAUUCCCGAAGAAAAUGAACACGAGGCGAGGGUGACUGAUAUCAGUGAAGACACACAGCAAGAGGCCGAGACUAAUGAAGACAAGAAAUUAGAGUCCGAGGUGACUGAGAUCACUGAUGACAAGGAACAAGGGGCCAAGGUCACAGAAAUCAGUGAAGGCACACACCAAGAGGCCUGCGCUAAUGAAGACAAGAAACAAGAUGCCGAGGUUACUGAAAUUCCUGAUAACAAGCAACAAGAGGUCAAGGUCACUGAGGUCACUGAAAACAAAGAUCAAGAGACCGAACUGACUGAAAUUCCCCCAGAAAAAGAACACGAGGCGAAGAUGACUGAUAUCAUUGAAUACAAGGAAUCAGAGACCGAGGUUACUGAGGACAAGAAACAAGAGGUCAAGGACACCGACAUCACUGAAGACAAGAACCAAGAGACCGUGGUUAAUGAAGACAAGCAACCAGAGGCCGAGUUGUCUAAGAUCACUGAGGACAAGGAACAAGAGGCCAUGGUCACUGAGAUCAGUGAAGACAGACAACAAGAGGCCGAGGAUAAUGAAGAUAAGGAACCAGAGGCCGAGGUAAGUGAGGUCACCGAGGACAAUGAAGAAGAUGCCAACCUUUCGGAGAUCAAUGAAGAUAAGGAAUCAGAGGCUGGGGUGCUUGAGACUACUGAGGACACACAACAAGAGGCCGACACCGCUGACGAAAAAGAACCAGAGGCCGAGGUUACUGAGAUCUCUGACUACAAUAAACAAGAGGCCAAUAUCUCUGAGAUCAAUAAAGACAAGGAAUCAGAGGUCGUGGUGACUGAGAUAACUGAAAACAUGGAAGCCAAAGUCAGUGAGAUCACGGAAGACCAAUAUCAAGAGGGCGAACUGACUCAAAUUCAUGAAGACAAAGGACACGAGGAGAAGGUAACUGAUAUCACUGAAUACAAGGAAUCAGAACCCGAGGUUACUGAGGACAAAGAAAAUGAAGCCGAGGUGACUGACAUCACUGAACACAAGGAACCAGAGGCCGAAGUUACUGAAGACAAGGAACAAGAAGCCGAGUUGACUAAAAUCACUGAGGACAAGGAACAAGAGACCAAGGUCACUGAUAGCACUCAAGAAAAGGAAUUAGAAGCCGAGGUGACUGAUAUAACUGAAGAUGUAAAAGCAGAGGCCAAAGUCACCGAGAUCACAGAAGGCAAGGAACCAGAACAAGAGGGCAUUGAGAUAACUGAGGAAAAGGAACAAGAGGCAAAUGACAUCAAUAUCACUGAUGAUAAGACAUUAGAAAAAGAGGGCAUUGAAGAGAAGGAAUCAGAGGCCAUUAAGGACAAGGAACAAGAGGCCAAGGUCACUGAAAUCAAUGAAGGUAUACAACAAGAGGCCGAGGCCGAGGUAACUGAAAUCCCUGAUGACAAGGAACAUGAGGUCAAGGUCACUGAGAUCUCUGAAGACCAAGUUCAAGAGGGCAAACUGACUGAAAUUCCCGAAGAAAAUGAACACGAGGCGAGGGUGACUGAGAUCAGUGAAGACACACAGCAAGAGGCCGAGACUAAUGAAGACAAGAAAUUAGAGUCCGAGAUGACUGAGAUCACUGAGGACAAGGAACAAGAGGCCAAGGUCACAGAAAUCAGUGAAUGCACACACCAAGAGGCCGAGGCUAAUGAAGACAAGGAACACUAUGCCGAGGUUACUGAAAUUCCUGAUAACAAGCAACAAGAGGUCAAGGUCACUGAAAACCAAGAUCAAGAGACCGAACUGACUGAAAUUCCCCCAGAAAAAGAACACGAGGCGAAGGUGACUGAUAUCAUUGAAUACAAGGAAUCAGAGACCGAGGUUACUGAGGACAAGAAACAAGAGGUCAAGGACACAUACAUCACUGAAGACAAGAACCAAGAGGCCGUGGUUAAUGAAGACAAGCAACCAGAGGCCGAGUUGUCUAAGAUCACUGAGGACAAGGAACAAGAGGCCAUGGUCACUGAGAUCAGUGAAGACAGACCACAAGAGGCCGAGGCUAGUGAAGAUAAGGAACCAGAGGCCGAGGUAAAUGAGAUCACCGAGAACAAGGAAGAAGAGGCCAACCUUUCGGAGAUCAAUGAAGAUAAGGAAUCAGAGGCAGGGGUGACUGAGACUACUGAGGACACACAACAAGUGGCCGACACCGCUGACGAAAAAGAACCAGAGGCCGAGGUUACUGAGAUCACUGACUACAAUAAACAAGAGGCCAAUAUCUCUGAGAUCAAUGAAGACAAGGAAUCAGAGGUCAGGGUGACUGAGAUAACUGAAAACAUGGAAGCCAAAGUCAGUGAGAUCACGGAAGACCAAUAUCAAGAGGGCGAACUGACUCAAAUUCAUGAAGACAAAGGACACGAGGGGGAGGUAACUGACAUCACUGAAUACAAGGAAUCAGAGCCCGAGGUUACUGAGGACAAAAAACAUGAAGCCGAGGUCACUGACAUCACUGAACACAGUGAACCAGAGGCCGAGGUUACUCAAGACAAGGAACCAGAAGCCGAGUUGACUAAAAUCACUGAGGACAAGGAACAAGAGACCAAGGUUACUGAUAGCACUCAAGAAAAGGAAUUAGAAGCCGAGGUGACUGAUAUAACUGAAGAUAUAAAAACAGAGGCCAAAGUCACUGAGAUCACAGAAGGCAAGGAACCAGAACACGAGGUCAUUGAGAUCACUGAGAAAAAGAAACAAGAGGCAAAUGACAUCGAUAUCACUGAUGAUAAAAAAAUAGAAGAAGAGGUCAUUGAAGAGAAGGAAUCAGAGGCCACUGAGGACAAGGAACAAGAGGCCAAGGUCACUGAAAUCAAUGAAGGCAUUCAACAAGAGGCCGAGGCUAAUAAAGACAAGGAACAUGAGGCCGAUGUAACUGAAAUCCCUGAUGAUAAGGAACAUGAGGUCAAGGUCACUGAGAUCUCUGAAGACCAAGAUAAAGAGGGCGAACUGACUGAAAUUCCCGAAGAAAAUGAACACGUGGCGAGGGUGACUGAGAUCAGUGAAGACACACAGCAAGAGGCCGAGACUAAUGAAGACAAGAAAUUAGGGUCCGAGAUGACUGAGAUCACUGAGGACAAGGAACAAGAGGCCAAGGUCACAGAAAUCAGUGAAGGCACACACCAAGAGGCCGGCACUAAUGAAGACAAGGAACAAGAGGCUGAGGUUACUGAAAUUCCUGAUAACAAGCAACAAGAGGUCAAGGUCACUGAUGUCACUGAAAACCAAGAUCAAGAGACCGAACUGACUGUAAUUCACCCAGAAAAAGAACACGAUGCGAAGGUGACUGAUAUCAUUGAAUACAAGGAAUCAGAGACCGAGGUUAUUGAGGACAAGAAACAAGAGGUCAAGGACACAGACAUCACUGAAGACAAGAACCAAGAGGCCGUGGUUAAUGAAGACAAGCAACCAGAGGCCGAGUUGUCUAAGAUCACUGAGGACAAAGAACAAGAGGCCAUGGUCACUGAGAUCAGUGAAGACAGACCACAAGAGGCCGAGGCUAAUGAAGAUAAGGAACCAGAGGCCGAGGUAACUGAGAUCACCGAGGACAAGGAAGAAGAGGCCAACCUUUCGGAGAUCAAUGAAGAUAAGGAAUCAGAGGCCGGGGUGACUGAGACUACUGAGGACACACAACAAGUGGCCGACACCGCUGAUGAAAAAGAACCAAAGGCCGAGGUAACUGAGAUCACUGACUACAAUAAACAAGAGGCCAAUAUCUCUGAGAUUAUUAAUGACAAGGAAUCAGAGGUCAGGGUGACUGAGAUAACUAAAAACAUGGAAGCCAAAGUCACUGAGAUCACUGAAGACCAAUAUCAAGAGGGCGAACUGACUGAAAUUCCCGAAGAAAAUGAACACGAGGCGAAGGUGACUGAAAUCAGUGAAGACACACAACAAGAGGCCGAGACAAAUGAAGACAAGGAAUUAGAGGCCGAGGUGACUGAGACCACUAAGGACAAGGAACAAGAGGCCAAGGUCACAGAAAUCAGUGAAGGCACACACCAAGAGGCCGAGGCUUAUGAAAACAAGGAACAAGAGGUGGAGGUAACUGAAAUCCCUGAUCACAUGCAACAAGUGGUCAAGGUCACAAAAAUUACUGAAAACAAAGAUCAAGAAAGCGAACUGACUGAAAUUCCCGAAGAAAAAGAACACGAGGCGAAGGUGACUGAUAUCAUUGAAUACAAGGAAUCAGAGACCGAGGUUACUGAGGACAAGAAACAAGAGGUCAAGGAUACUGAGAUCAGUGAAGACAAGAACCAUGAGGCCGUGGUAACUGAAGAUAAGCAACCAGAGGCCGAGUUAACUAAAAUCAUUAAGGACAAGGAACAAAAGGCCAAGGUCACUGAGGUGAGUGAAGACACACAACAAAAGGCCGAGGCUAAUGAAGACAAGGAACCAGAAGCCGAUGUAUUUGAGAUCACUGAGGAUAAGGAACAAGUGGCCGAAGUAACUGAGAUGAGUGAAGGCUCAAAACAAGAGGCCGAGGCUCAUAAAGACAAGGAACAAGAGGCAGAGGUAACUGAGAUCAUUAAGGACAAGGAAAAAGAAGCCAAGCUCUCUGAGAUCUAUGAAGACAAGGAAUCAGACGCCGAGGUGACAGAGAUAACUAAAGACAUGGAAGCCAAAGUCAGUGAGAUCACGGAAGACCAAGAUCAAGAGGACGAACUAUCUGAAAGUCCUGAAGACAAAGGACACGAGGGGAAGGUAACUGAUAUCACUGAAUACAAGGAAUCAGAUCCCGAGUUUACUGAGGACAAAGAAAAUGAGGCCGAGGUCACUGACAACACUGAACACAAGGAACCAGAGGCAGAGGUUAAUGAAGACAAGAAACCAGAAGCCGAGUUGACUAAAAUCACUGAGGACAAAGAACAAGAGACCAAGGUAACUGAUGACACUAAAGAAAAGGAAUUAGAAGCCGAGGUGACUGAUAUAACUGAAGAUAUGAAAGCAGAGGCCAAAGUCACCGAGAUCACAGAAGGCAAGGAACCAGAACACGAGGUCAUUGAUAUCACUGAGGAAAAGAAACAAGAGGCAAAUGACAUCGAUAUCACUGAUGAUAAGAAAUUAGAAGAAGAGGUCAUUGAAGAGAAGGAAUCAGAGGCCAUUGAGGACAAGGAACAAGAGGCCAAGGUCACUGAAAUUAGUGAAGGUAUACAACAAGAGGCCGAGGCUAAUGAAGACAAGUUACCAGAGGCCGAGGUAACUGAAAUCCCUGAUGACAAGGAACAUGAGGUGAAGUGCACUGAGAUCACUGAAGACCAAGAUCAAGAGGGCGAACUGACUGAAAUUCCCCAAGAAAAUGAACACGAGGCGAAGGUGACUGAGAUCAGUAAAGACACACAGCAAGAGGCCGAGACUUGUGAAGACAAGGAUCCAGAGGCCGCGGUUACUGACAUCACAAAACACAAGGAACAAGAGGCCAAGCUUACUGCGAUCAGUGAAGACAAAAAACAAGAGGCAUUGACUACUGAAUACAAUGAGCCAGAGACCGAAGUCAUUGAGAUCUGUGAGAACAAGGAACAAGAGGCCAAGGUCACUGCGAUCACUGACGAUAAUGAAUCAGAGGCUGAGAUCACUGAGAUAUAUGAAGACAUUGAAGAAGUAGCAAAGGUCAAUGAGAUCACUAAAGACGAGAUACCAGAAUCCGAGGUCACCGAGUUAACUGAAGACAGGGAACCAGAGGCGAAGGUCACUGAGAUAACUCACAAAAUAGAACAAGAGGUAGAGGUCGCUGAGAUCAUGGAAUACAAGCAAUCAGAAUCCGACAUCAUUGAGAUCACUGAAGACAAUGAAAAAGAGGACAAGAUCACUGAGAUCAUUGAAGAGAAAAGUCCAGAGGUCACUGAAGUAGAGAACGAGGUCACUGCGCUCAUGGAGGACGUGAAACAAGAGGCCAAGGUCACUGAGAUUUGUGCAGACAAAGAACAGGAGGCCUUAAAUACUAAAUGCAAGGAACUAGAGGCCGAGAUCACUAAGAACACUGAGAAAGAAAAACAAGAUGUCAACGUUACGGAGAUCACUGAAGACCAAGAACAAGCGGGCGAUCUGAUUGAGAUCUUUGACGAUAAUGAAGAAGAGGCGAAUGUUACAGUGAUCACUGACGACCAGGAACCGAAGGCCGUGGUGACUGAGAUUACUGAAGACCAACAACCAAAGGGUGAACAGACUGCGAUCCCUGAAUACAAUAAAAAAGAAGCAAAAAUCACUGAGAUCACUGAAGAACUAGAACAAGAGUCUUUGGUCAUUCAGGAGAAGAAACAAGAGUCAAUAAUUGCUGGGGACAGGGGACAAGAGGCCGAGGUCACUCAGAUUUGUGAAGACAUAGAACAAGAGUCCGAAACUACUGAAUCCAAGAAACCGAAGGUCGAGGUCACUGACAUCACCGAGGACUAUGAACGAAAGUCCAAUGUCACUGAGAUCACUGAAGACCAAGAACAAGACGGCGAACAAACUGAGAUCCCUGAAGACAAUGAACAAGAGGCGAAGGUCACUAAGAUCACAAAAGAAAUAGAACAAGAUUCCUUAGUCACUGAAGUUAAGAAACCAAAGUCAAUGGCCACUGAAGAUAGGGAACCAGACGUUGAGAUCACUGAGAUCACAAUGAAAGGGGAAAAAGAGGUCAAGGUCUCUAAAAUCACUGAAGGCCAAGAACAGCAGGUAGGACUGACUGACACAUUAGAAGACAAUAAACAAGAAGCUGUUGUAACUGUGAUCAACGAUAACAAGGAACUGGAAGCCGGGGUAACUGAGAUCACUGACAACAAGAAACAAGAGACCAAGGUCCAUGUGAUCACUGAAAACAAUGAACAAAAGGCCGAAAUUACUAAAGACAAUGACCCAGAUGCCGAGAUUACUGAGAUUACUGAGGACAAGGAACAAGAAGCCAAGGUCACUAAGAUCAGUGAAGACCAACAACCAGAGGCCGAGGUGACUGAGAUCCCUGAAGGCAAUGAACAAAAGGCGAUGGUCACUGAGAUCUCUGAAGAAAUAGAACAAGAUAACUUGGUCACUGAAAACGAAAACCCAAAGUCAAUGGACACUGAAGACAGGGAACCAGGGUUUGACGUCACUGAGAUCCAAAAUGACAAAGAACAAGAAUCCUUGAAUACUGAAGACAAGGAGCUAGAGGCAGAGGUCACUGAGAUCACUAAAGUUAAGGAACCAGAAGCCGAUGUGACUGGGACAAUUAAAGACAAUGAUUCAAAUGCCGAGGUUAUUAAGAGCAUGGAGGAUAGAGAACAAGAUGCCGAUGCUACUGAAAACAUAAAAGACAAUGCUUCAGGGGUAAAGAGCACAGAGAUUGUAGAAGUGAAUAAACAGGAGACCGAUGUCACUGAGAUCACCGAAUACCAUGAAAAAGAGGCCGAGAUCACUGACGUCAUGGAACCAGAGACCGAAAUCACUGAAGACAGGGAACCAGAGGCCGAGGUCAAUGAAAUCUCUGAACACAAAAAAAUAGAGGCCGGGGUCACUGAGAUAACUGAAGACAUGGUAAAGGAGACAAAUGUCACUAAUAUCACUGAAGACAAGGAACCAGAAACCGAGGUCACUGGGAUCUCUGAAGACAAUGAUCAUGAGGAAACGGUCACUGAAAUAACUGAAAACCAGGAACAAGAGAAAGGGGUCACUGAGAUCACUGAAGAAAACGAACAAGAGGUCAAGUUCACUGACAUACUUGAAAACAAUGAAUCAGAGGACGAGGUCACUGGGAUCAUUUUAGAGCAGGAACUAGAAGCCAGGCCCACCAAAGAAACGGAUUCAGAAGGCGUGGUUACUAAGAUGACUGAAAUCAAUAUACCAGAGACCGAUGUCACUGAGAUCACUGACGACAAGGAACAGGAGACCGAUGUCACUAAGAUUAUGGGAGACAAGGAACAAGAGGCCGAUGUUACUGAAGACAAGGAACCAAAUGUCCAGGUCAAUAAGGUCACUGUGAACAAUGAGCAAGAUGCCAAGGUCACUGGGAUCACUGAAGAGAAGAAAGAAGUGAACAUUGCUUCUAAAGGUAAGGAACCCGAGUCCGAAAUUACUGAGGACCAGGAAAAUGAAAAAAAUGUCACUGAAAAGAAGGAAAUGGAUACCACAUUCAGUGAAGACAAAGAACCCGAAAUCGCCGAGGACAAGAAUGUCGAAGCAAUUAUUACAGAAGAGAAACAACUAGAGGCCGAUAUAAUUGAAGACAAGAAUGUCGAAGCAAUUAUUACAGAAGAGAAACAACUGGAGGCCGAUAUAAUUGAAGACAAAACGGUCAGAGCAAUUUUGACUGAAGAGAAGGAACCCGACACCGAAGAAAUAACUAGUAGUGACGGAAAGGAAUCUUAUAUCACUCAGGACAAGGAUGUCAAAAUCAUGGUCGCUAAAGCGAAGGAAUCUGAAAACGAAAUCAGUGAAUACAAUGAGGUCGAAACCAUUGUAAAUGAAGAAAAUGAACCCCAAGCAGACAUCACUGGGGACAAUGAGGUCGAAGCCAUUGUGGUUGACGAAAACGAAUCCGAGCCCGUGAUCACAAAUUCCAAGGAGCUCCAAGUCAUUGUCACUGAAGAGAAUGAAGCCGAGGCUGAAAUGACUGAAGACAACGAGGUCACAGCCAUUGUGGCUGAAGAAAAAACAACCGAGGCGGAGAUCACGGAGGACAAGGAGCUCGAAGCCAUUGUCACUGAAGAGAAUGAAUCUGAGGCCGAAAUUAAUGAAGACAUGGAUGUCGAAACCAUUGUGACUAUAAAGAAGGAACCCGAGGACGAUAUCACUGAAGACACCGAUGACGAAACCCUUGUCAAAGACAACAAUGAAUCUGAAGCCGAAAUCACUGAAGACAAUAAGGUCGAUAUCGUUGUAACUGAAGAGAAAGAAAACGAAGCCAAGAUCACUAUUGGCAAGGUGCUCGAAACCAUUGUCACUGACGAGAUGAUACUAGGUACCGAAAUAAUCGAAGACAAGGAGGUCGAAGCCAUUGUGACUAAAGAGAAGGAACUCGAAGGCGACACCAGUGACGACAAAGAAGAGGAAGCUAUUGUCAUUGGUGAUAAAAACAUUGAGACUGAUGCCGCAUUCAAUAAGGAAGUCGAAGCGAUUAUCAAUGUAAAUAAUGAGUAUGUUGCUAAUGUAAUUGAAAGCAGAAAAGUUUCAAAGGGCGAUAAAGAUCUCGAGUCUGAAGCUGCUCCCGAUACUAAUGUCAAAGCCAUUGUCGCUGUCGAUAAGGAACAUGCCGACAUCUGUAAAGACAAGCAAUCUGAAGCCACGAUCACUGAAGACAAAGAAACGGAGGCCGUACUCACUUACGAAAAUGAGAUCAGAGUUAUUGUUACUAGCGAGAAGGAAGCGGAGGCAGAGCUCAACGAAAUCCUGUAUAGUGAUGGCGAUAACGACACAUACGCGGAUACGUUUGAAUCUUUAUCCGAAAACACGUCGACACAGCAAAUUACGAAUACCAAGAACACAAAAAUCACAUACGAAGACACCGAUGGUAAAUACAACUUUGGCAAGGAAGUCGAUGUUAUAAUUUCUCAAGAAAAUAAUAACAAGGUCGCAGAAGAGAGACAAACUGACCAAGAUUUUUCGGAAGACAACAAAACUGAUGCCGACAUGAGAAUAGAGAAAGUGACAGAAAACGAGUUUACUGAUGACAAUAAUAUCGAACAAGGUUUUAUUGAUCAAUUUGAACAAAUAAUAUUUGAGAUUGAAAAUGAGGAACACAUAGAUCAUGUGGAUAAAAUAAAAGAAAACGAACAAUCAAAGCGCACCUCUGACGAAGAGAAUACCCUCAUUACAAUGGAACAUGAUAUCACAGAAUAUAGUCAAGUAGAUAUUUCUGAAAACGAAUACAUUUCAAAUGGAGAAAAAUCACAAAAGUCUGACAAAUCAGAUGACAAAGAACCAAAACUGGAUAUCAUAAAAGAUAAAGAACCAAAACGUAUCACAGAUUGUGAUACAGAAGUCACCAAAGACAAAGAAGGUAUGGAAAACAAGGAAUCAACACCUAAUAUAAUUGCAGACGAAUCUUCGGUCGCAGUCUAUAAUGGGAAAGCAUCUGAAACCGACAUUACCGAUAACAACACACAUGAGGUAGACUUUACACAAGUCGGUACUCCGGAAGAUCAGAAAAACUGUUUCGAACCUGUGAACACAGCAGAAAAACUAUCCGAGAUCCAAAUGGAAGGCAACAUAGUAGAACUCAACGAAUCAGAACACAAAAUUGAUGAGCUAAAUGUCACUGAAUUGACAGAAACCGAAGUCAUGAAGAUCGAAGAGGCUCACCAAAUUGCCAAAGAAUUAGUUGAGAAAAUGUUCCAAGAACUCCUAGAACAAAAUCAUGUAGAUUUAGAUGACAUAGAAACAGAAACCAGUUUCACUGUAGAAAAAGAGCCCGCAGAUACUAUCAAAGGAGACGUUAAGCCAAAACCACUUAGCGGAAAUGUAACCGGAUCCAAUGUCUCAAUUGACAAUAUGCCAAAAGAUGAUGUUUCAGAGGACAAAAACAUCCAUCCAGAAAUUAUAGAGACCAAAGCGUCAGAUUCGGAAGAUGUAGAUAUCAGAAGGCUGGAAAAUGACAUAGACGAUCAUAUCUCUAAAAUGUCCACGCUGUCAGAUAUAACGUCAAAGGAGCUGUAUUCUUACGAGGAAACCCCACUGUCCGCGAUGUCAACAAAUAGUGAUGACGUCACUGACACAUACACCGAUACUUUUGAGUCAUUGUCGGAAAACCUAUCUUCACAGCAAGGCACAGACACGAAAGUAAUGAAGACAUCAAACGAAGCCAUGCUUACCGGGAAGUCUUUACUUAGCUCCGAGUUGCUUUUCAGGAACCAGAAGAAAUCUUCAUUGUCCGAUUUUGAAGACCUACCGCUUGAAUAAGGAUAUUAAAAAGGACUAAAUAUCAAAUGUGUUGGAAAAUUUAACAAUGUGAAGUAUUUGUUGACGCACACAUACUGGACCAUAUUAUGCUAUAUAAUAAGAAUACAUGUUUAGGUUUCUUUUCAAUAUCAUGGAUUGUAUAUUCACUGUUAGUCUGUAGGGGGUUUAUAUUUUACAUUUUGUGUAUAUGAAAUCAUUAUCAUUUCCGAUUGCAUUUAUAUUAUAAUAUGUAUUAUAGCCUGUAUUUAUGUUAAUAUAUUGAAUAUAUCUUCCUGCUGUUAAGUUGUACAUGGUUUUGCCAGUACAGGGUGUAUACUUAUGUACAUAUUCCGUUUUUAAGUUAAUUUAUGAUCAACUGCCAAAUUGUUGUAUUCACAGUUUUUGUGAUUAAAAUGA